GGGGGCGGGGGCGGCUCGGGGCCGCCUUUGUGCGCGGCGGGGCCGGGGCUGUCCCGUCCGUAUCUCCGUCCCAAUUCCCAGCCCCGCUUCCCAGCCCCGCUUCGUGCCGCUUUAUCCCGCGCCGCUCCGCACCUUCCCAUCCCACCGCAUCCCGCCGCUCCAUGGCCGCCCCCCGCCCGGCGCACGGCUGCGGCAGCGGAGCGCUGCUGGGGCGCUUCGGGGUGCUGCUGCAGGCGCUGCUGGCUCUCUGCGCCUUCAGCACCCUCAUGUUAAAACGAUUUAAGGAACCAAAGGCAGAGAGGCGUCCCUGGAGGAUAUGGUUUUAUGAUACCUCCAAGCAAGCAAUAGGUGCCCUCUUCAUCCACUUUGCCAAUGUUUUUCUGUCUGAUCUCACUGAGGAGGACCCUUGCUCUCUCUACCUUAUUAAUUUCAUCCUGGAUGCCACACUGGGGAUGCUGCUGAUCUGGCUGGGUGUGAAAGUUGUCUCCUGGAUCGUGCAGCACAAGAAAUACACAUACCUGGUCUUUGGGGAGUAUGGUGACCCCCCACAAGCUGCUGCCUGGAUUGGCCAGUGUAUCCUCUACUUGCUGAUAAUGGUUUUUGAGAAGACUGUGAUUAGCCUUGUCCUGCUUAUCCCUGGUUGGACAAAGCUUCAGCAGAUCCUCCUGGGUUACAUCCCAAGCCCCCAGCUGGAGCUCGUCCUGGUGAUGUUUGUUGUGCCUUUCAUAGUCAAUGCCAUUAUGUUCUGGGUUGUGGACAGCUUGAUCAUGAGGAAAUACAAGCAGAAGGAUACCCUAGACAUCAAUGGAUCCACAGAAACUCCUCGGGCCAGAAGGACUGAGGAAUCUCAGGUAUUGCUCUCCCCAGACAUGGAUUUUGAUCAGUCUGAAAGCGACCAGGACGUUUCAGGACUCCGGGGGACCAGCCAGAAGAUGAAGCAGCCCAGCUAUCAAGUGGUCAUCUGACAACAGCGGGGCAGGGGAGGUGGAGGAAGGAGCAGCACUGUGAUCCUUGAGCUGGCCAGGAAAGGGAGGGGUGGGGAAUACUGAGUGACCCUUGUGGAUCUACAGAGAUCCUUUUGCCUGCCCCAUCUUACACCUAUCCUGCAGCUGUCUUGUGGAUGUAUCUGUGCAUCCUGUACAGGCUUGAGCAGUAUCUGCUUUGCCUGUCUGCCCCACAUGCAGACACAUUGAGGUUGUGGAUACAGGGAUAUAUUUUCCCUGGCUGGACAGCUGGGUGUGACUGGGAGGUUUUUUGGUGUUUUAUUUUUGGGGGUUUUUUUGGUGGUUUUUUUUUUUUUUGGUCAGGGCUAGAGGCCGAAAUGAAAAGAUUGUCUGGGGGUUUUUUUAAGGAAAAAAAAAAAAGCUCUAUUCUGUACUACCUGAACUUUUAUAUGCACAAUGCUCAAAAGAAUUGGUUUGUAAUAUGUAUUUAAAUGUCUUGAAUUGGGAAGAUUGUCCCAGUGGAUCUGAUUAUUUUUUACUGUUUUAUAAGGAAUCCAAUAAAUAUUUGACCUAGGAUUGCUUCAUAGAUUAAA